GGCACGUGGAGCAUUCGCAUUCGAGUCGUAUCGGCUGGCAUAACUUUGCAUAAUUCGCUGGCGAGUGGUUCAGGCAGUUGGCUAACCAGUUCAGUUAGUUAGCGAGUAAGAGUCGAGCAGAGGACAACGGUUUUUUUGGCGCCCUUUGCCAAAAAGCAACGCGUUUGCUCCGUGUGCAACGAAACACAACACAAAGCACAAGACACACACACACACAUACACACCCACACACAUACACAGGACACACAGAAGAACGAAACCAUGCCCAUUCAUUGGGACUGGGAUUGGGAUGAGCACGAGCAUGGGCAUGGCAGCGUCCACCAUCACUGGCCGCAGCGCAGGCACUGGUCAGCAGGUGAGCCGAAGUGCCGCCAGAGGCGCUACUACUUGUCCCACGAGAUGGACGUGUGCGCGCGGGAGUUCCAUUUGCGGGUGGAUGACAGCGCCUGGUGUCACGGCUCGUGCCUGGUGGGACGUGUGGUUAUUGAGACGGGCACGGAGCCAGACUCGCUGGGUCGGGGCACCUUCAAGGUGGUGCUGGACGUGCACCACUUUCAGCUGGCCGAGCUGACGGUUAAGGCCAAGAACAGCGACACCAUCUGCGUGGAGGGCAACCAGGCGGACGAUCGAGCCGAAAAGGGACAGCUGUGCAUAACGCGCGAGUUUACGCGCUGCUACAAGCUGCCGCGGCACUACGAUGCCACACAGGCGCGUGCCACGUUCUCGGCGGAUGGCAUACUCAUGGUGACGGUGCCAGCACCACCCAAACUAGAUGAUGUCGAGCGUGUGGUGGAAAUUGAGCCCACCGGCAAUUACUUUGGCAGCAUUGCGGAUCCCAGUGCAUCCAAGGCCAUCGAGCAGACGGCAUCCGUUGAUGGUGGCGAGGCGCUUCCUGCUGGCACAGCGACGGACAAAUGAAGCUGGCGACGUCUGGCGGCUGCGCGUGCCUGGCGUCCUCUCUGCAAAUGGAAGAAGCGCCUCAUGCGCAGCGUAUAGGCCGUCAGAGGCAGUCGUCCAGCUUGAAAGAAGCUAAACUGAGUAUGCAGCCUGCAGUCGAAUGAUUCUGGCCAACGGCCACUCACUCACCCUUUGCACCGACACUGCACAGACUUUCAUGGACUUGUCCAACCGUUCAACUUAACCCUAAAGUUACAUUGUUCAUUC